AUGCUCGCAUUCAUGUCUGAUCGGAAGGAAAGCGGGCUGCUGGACGAGCAAGGAGGAAGGGAACACAACACACAGGAGGAGAAUCCGCACUCUUAUCGUUUCUUUUCUCCUCCCUUCUCCGCGCCUCAGAUGCUCGCAUUCAUGUCAGAUCUGAAAGAAAGCGGCCUGCUGGACGAGCAAGGAGGGAACACACAGGAGGAGAUGGAGAGCGAGGGAGAAAAGGAUGGUGCGAAGGGGACCGCGGGAGAAAUGGAGGGUGAGAAGGUGGGUGUGGAGGAAGAGGCUGUUGGGAAGGAGGGUGUGGAGGGAAGGGGAGGGGGGAAUAUCCAACAGGAGGGGGCGAUCAAUGGCGAGGGGUUAGAAGAGGAGGGGCAGGGAGGGAGAGGAGGGAAUGGAGGGAAAGGAGUGGGUGGAGGGCCAACAGAGGCAGAGAGCGAAGAGGAAAAGCAGAGUCGUAUUGGGGAAAACGCUGAGAAGCAGGAGGGAAAGGAGACGGGUGGAGAGGAGCAGGAGGGAGAGGGAGAGGAGAGGGAAGGGGUGGCAGGGGAAGCAGGGGUGGCAGGGGGGCAGGCAGCAGAUGAUGAGGGGGUUGCUGUUGCUGCCCCCAGUCACUCGCAUGCAGGGCGCCAGGGAGCAGAUGGUGAGGGGGAGAAGGAUUCGUUUGCAGGUGCUCCUUCUAGUGUGCGGCAAGCUGUGUUGGAGCCAGAGAGUGGGGAGUAUUACUACUGGAACACGGUUACUGGGGAAACCUCCUGGUCGGUUCCUGAAGAGCUUGUGCAAAAUGAGGCUGCUGGGGUUGAGGGGGAAGGAGAUGAGAUUGAGAGGAGGGAGAGGGAAGCGGAGAUGGAAGGGGAGAGGGAAGGGGAGAGUGAAGGGGAGAGGGUAAUGCAAGAGGCGAAGGUGGUGCGAAAGGAAGGGGGGAUGCAAGGGUGUGUGGACGAAGAGCGUGGAGAAGAGCAUGUGGGGAUGGACGAGGAGGAGGCUGGUGAAGGUGUAAGUGAAGGUGAGGGACAACAAGUAGCGGAGCGCCACCUGGCAGGGGGUGCUGCUGACGUGGCACGCGCCGGUGCCAUGGCAGCACUGCUGCAGUCCUUGCAGGAGCAGGUCGACUCAGCAGAGGCUGAGCUGGUAGCAGCAGCUGCUGACGUGGCGGAUAAGACUGGUGACGCUGUAUCCAGGCUGGAGUCCUUGCAGCAGCAGCUGGCAGCUGUCGAAUCCAAGCUUCCUCCUCCCACCCUUGUCUCCUCCACCUCUCCACCCUCCCUCCCUCCUAUCUCACUUUCUUCCUCGCUUUCCUCCUCCCUCACAUCCCUCUCCUCCUCUCUCACUCGCCUGCAACUAGAGGCCUCCAUCCGUCUAGCUGAUUUGACUUCCCUCUCCGACCGAUUUGCUGCUACGGCUGUAGCACAGCUUCCCUUAACUGGGUCGCCACAACCUGGUGUGCUACAGCAGUGGCAGGAGCUGCAGCAGCGGCUGCUACAGCUGCGGCUACAGCAGGGUUUGCAAGGGGGGCUACUGGUGCUUGUGGGUCAUUGCUUGGAGCAGGUGGGCCGAGUGGAGGGAGAGAGUGAGGAGGUGCGGGGGAGAGUGGAGAGAGUGAGGGAGCAGUGGGAGGAGGAGAGGCAACGGUGGGAAGAGGAAGAAAAUCAACGGCGGGAGGAAGAGGAGGAAAGGCAACGGCAAAGGGAAAAGGAGGAGAGGGAAAGAUUGGAAGAGGAGGAGAGGCGGCUGAGAGAACAGGAGGGGCAGGGACAGGAGGAGGAGAGGCAACGGCAGGAAAAGGAGGAAAGGAAUGAGAAAGUGAGGCGAGAAGCAGCGGAGAAGGAGAGAGAAGCGGGGAAGCAGGAGGGGCGCAAAGGUGUGGAGAAGGGUUGUGGUGCGAUGUGGAAGGGUAUGGAACAAUACUCAGCGUCAGAGAGUGGUGAGAUUUCACCACAGAGAGAGGAGGAGGGAGAGGAGGAAGUGGAGGGAGGAGCAGGUAAGCAGGUGGUGAAGCAGAGCGGUGCUGAUGGGUUGGGUGGUGUUGACGAAGAUAUGGAUGUUGAGAUGGAAUUGGAAAUGGGGGUAGAAGGAGCAGGAGUAGGAGUGGGGGCAGCAGAAGGGACAGGCUAUGGAGCAGGAGGAGUGAAGGCAGCAGAGGGGUCAGGCGAUGGAGGGUGGAAGGCAGCGAAGGAGGAACUUGACGAGGAGAGGCAGAGGCGGGAGCAGGCCGAAGAGGAAGAGGGAUGGAAAGCAGCAAAGAAUGAGCUUGACGAGGAGAGGAUGAGGCGGGAGCAGGAGGAGGAGGAGAAGGAGCGGGCCUUGUACGAUGGAGAGGUGAUUGGGAAGAAACGACAGAAGAAAAUCGAGGAGUGGAAGCAGCAGCAGCUGCAAACAGGAGAGGCCGAGGAGAACGCCAACUUCCAACCACUCGCAGUCGACUGGCGCGAGCGAGUGAAGAAGGCAAGAGGGGCGGGUCAAGCCCAGGCUGACUCGCCGCUUUUGAAUGGCGCUCAUGGUGCUGGUGGUGCUAGCCCUGCUACAGCCGCUGCUACAGCCGGUGGCGCAGCUGGGGAUGAUGAGCAUUCAAGACCGCAGGUCGGCGGAGCAGCAGCAGCAGUGGCAGCGGCAACAGCAGCAGUGGGGGUUGGAGCGAAGAAGAAGCGCAAGGGGCCGGAUCUGAAGGCUCUUUCUACUGGGCUGCCGGCUGCAGCAGCAGCAGCAGCAGUGGGGGUUGGAGCGAAGAAGAAGCGCAAGGGGCCGGAUCUGAAGGCUCUUUCUGCUGGGCUGCCGGCUGGUUGGCAGGUGAGAUGCGGUGAUGGCAUGUGUGAUGCGGUGCUGGCAGGUGGUAUUAUCCGAAGGGGGAACGAGGUACUGGGAGCAGCAGCAACAGCGGCAGCAGCAGCAGCAGUGGGGGUUGGGGCGAAGAAGAAGCGCAAGGGGCCGGAUCUGAAGGCUCUUUCUGCUGGGCUGCUGGCCGGUUGGCAGGUGAGAUGCGGUGAUGGCAGGUGUGAUGCGGUGCUGGCAGGUGGUAUUAUCCGAAGGGGGAACGAGGUACUGGGAGCAGCAGCAGCAGUGGGGGUUGGAGCGAAGAAGAAGCGCAAGGGGCCGGAUCUGAAGGCUCUUUCUGCUGGGCUGCCGGCUGGUUGGCAGGUGAGAUGCGGUGAUGGCAGGUGUGAUGCGGUGCUGGCAGGUGGUAUUAUCCGAAGGGGGAACGAGGUACUGGGAGUAGCAGCAACAGCGGCAGCAGCAGCAGCAGCAGCAGCAGUGGGGGUUGGAGCGAAGAAGAAGCGCAAGGGGCCGGAUUUGAAGGCUCUCUUUGCGGGGCUGCCGGCUGGCUGGCAGGGGGAGGGACCAGCAGGAGCAGCAGCAGCAGUGGGGGUUGGAGCGAAGAAGAAGCGCAAGGGGCUGGAUUUGAAGGCUCUCUCUACUGGGCUGCUGGCUGGUUGGCAGGUGAGAUGCGUACAUGCGCGCUCUUCUCUUUCAUAG